AUGGGCAGCGACAUCAGUAAAAGCAGUAAGAGAGAAGGGUCAGCUGCCCCACGUCGACUCAGUCAUGGUUUCCUCUCAAACGUGGGGGUCUCCAUCGCACACAGACUGGGACACUCUGCUGUAUUUUCUCGGCCGGCGGGACAGGUCGACAGACUGGCCGUCCCCAAACUCCUGCUGCCCCCAGAGGACAACGGCGAGACAUCAGACACUGAGAGGACUCCUCAGGCUUUCAUCUCUGCCUUUCUGCCUGAGUUCCCACACCGUAAAUGUCCUGAACGAGACCAUUUCCAGAUCCUGGGCUUCAUAGCUAAAGGGUCGUAUGGACCCAUUGUGAAAGUGAAGGAUGUUUUCAGUGAGAGCACCUACGCUGUUAAGGUUCUACCAAAGUCAGAGAUCUUGAAGCGUGGAGUGUUGCAGCAGUCAAAAGAGGAAGUCAUCAUUCAGCGGCAGCUCAAACACCCAUUUAUCCACAAUCUGCAGGACUGCUGGCAGACGCAGCGCAACCUCUUCAUUAUGUGCGACUAUUGUGGCGUUGGAGAUUUGUACACUUACUGGUUACUGAGGGGCCACUUUGGGGAGGAUGAGGUUCGGCUCUUUGCAGCAGAGCUUGGCAGUGCGCUGGGAUUCCUACAUGACUUGGGGAUCAUGCACAGAGACGUAAAGAUGGAGAACAUUCUUCUAAGUGAUCAAGGUCACCUUCGAUUGUCUGAUUUUGGACUCUCACGCCGCCUGAAACGAGGAGGACAGGCGUUUACAAUAUGUGGGACGAUCCAUUACAUGGCCCCUGAAGUUUUAAGUGGCGGCCCAUAUAACCACGCUGCUGACUGGUGGUCUCUCGGCGUUAUGCUGUUCUCACUGGUGACAGGACAGUUUCCAGUCGCUGCAGAGCCAGACCACAGCUCCAUGUUGAAGAAGGUCAGAGAGUUUCUUUACGUUCUACCCAACACCUUCAGCUCUGCUCUGACCUUACUGCUAACUGAGCUUUUGUGUAAGAGUCCGGUGAACCGCCUUCGUAAUCUGGAGUGUUUCCAGAUGCAGCCCUUCUUUCGUGGCACUUCGUUCGACUCUCAAAUCCUCCAAAAGACGCCCGUUGAGUUCAUCCUCAAGCUCAGGUCUCAUCCCGACUGGGCUGCCAAAGCAAUGAGAGGCCUUUCGUUAGACUACUUCGAUAACUUUGACUGUGAAAAAAUCCUUCAUUCUCCCGUGACUCCCACUGAAGUGUCUCCUACUUUGGCCAACAUGGACCUGAGCCGAGCUACAGAGCAGUCUUGUAAAGCUUGAGACUGGACUGUGUUUCUGUGCCUGAAUACAGAAACUCUGACUAGAUAAUAGAAACUGAAGUUACUGAAGUUUGUCUGAACAUUGCUGUCCCACUGUCCAGCUGAGAAAAAUGUUGAUAUCUUAUCUCAGUUACCUUCAGUUAUUUCUGUGUCGUCAAAGCAAUGAGCCUAAGGAGCAGCUGGUGGUGCAGUGAGGCUUGAUGAAUAUUUUUCCCCUGGGUUUUGCCUCCCAGGUUACCCUACCUUAUGUUGUCUAUAUGCAGACAGUAUGUGAUAC